AUGACGAAUGAUGAUAUUAUAAUAUUAGAAUCACACACUUUAUUUGAUAAAUUACCUAAGGAAAUUAUUUUUAAUAUAUUUAAUUAUUUAUCAUGUAAUGAUAUUAUUUAUACAUUCUUUUUAUUCAAUUCACGAUUAAAUCAUUUAUUAUUAGAACAUGAACAUUAUUUAAAUAAUUUAGAAUUACCAAGUACAAAUUUAAAUUAUUGGCAAAAUAUUCUUUCAAUAAUUGGAUCAAGAAUAAAAACUUUAAAAAUUUCUACAAUUGAUUUAUCUUUAUCAUUGGAUUUAUUUCCUAAUAUAAAAUCUAUUAUUAUAACUUCAUUAUAUGGUUUAUCAAAUAGAUCAUUACAAACAUUAUUAGCAAAUAAACAAUUUCAAAUAUUACAUACAUUUAAAAUAAAAAGUAAAAAUUAUCUUAAACCACGAUCAUCUUUAUUUUGUGAUAAUUUUGAACAUUAUUUAUUUACAAAAAUAUUCAACGAAGAAAAUCUAUUAGAAAUAUUUGAAUAUUUAACUUUAACAACAUUAUUUAGUAGAAAAAUAUUAAAUAAUCUUCAAAUUAAUUCAUCUCUUUUAUCAUUAACAUUAUGUUUACAUGAAUUUAUUGAUAUAUUUUCUGUUCUUCAAUAUACACCAAAUUUAAUAUAUUUAAAUGUUAAAACAACACUAAGUGAUACUCAUAAAAAACAAAAUGAAUGUAUUAAUAUAAAUAAUAUUAAAUUAAAACAAUUAUAUUUAACAUUUGUUAUGAAACAUUCUACACGAUUGCAAAAUGUUGAUCAACAACUAGAUUUUCUUCAUUUAAUAAGUGAUAUAAAAUUAUUUUCAUCAACAUUAAUUUGUUUAUCAAUGAAUUUUGUUGAUUUAAAUAUAAAUGAUAUAGAUGAAUUUCCAUUAAAUGGUUUUAAAUUACAACAUCAAUUAUUAGAAUCAAUGAUAGAACUUAAACAAUUUUAUCUUUAUUCAAAAGUUAAACAAGAUCAAUUUAAUAUUGAUAAUGUUAUAUCAACAUUUAAAGAUCAAUUUUGGUUUGAUCAUAAAUGGUUUGUUGGAAUGCAUGGAAAUUAUUUAUAUACAUUACCAUUUACUUUCAAUGAACUUUAUGGUUUUAGUGAUUUUGAUGAAAUCCAAUCGAAUCAUGAUGAUAUUUUACAUUCUUCUGAAAUAUGGUAUAAUGUUAAAUUAAUUGAAUUAGCUCGAUCAAAUAAAUUUGAUUUAAAUUUAAUAAAACAAAUCAAAAUUCGAAUGCCAAAAUUAAUUUCAAUUAAAUUUAUAUCAAGUGGUUUAUUUAGUUAUUCUGACACAACUGAAAAACCAUCGGUAACUGAACAAGAAACUUUAACAAAUAUUGAAACUGUUGAUUUAAUUGGUGGUUCAAUUGAAAAUAUAAAACAAUGGUUAAUCUAUAUUUUACCAAAUGUAAAACAUUUAAUUUUAUCGUAUACUGGUUUACCAUUAUUAAAUAGUCACUUAAGUUUAAAUUUAGAUAAAAAAAUUCAACGAUUAGAUAUUUAUGAAUAUAGUAUUAUUGAACAAAUGAAUAUAACAGAUUAUUUUUAUUUUUCAAAUGUUGAACAUAUACAAUUAAUAUUAUAUAAUAUUGAAGGAAAAUUUCAAUGGUAUGUUAAGACUCUUAUGAAAAUAUUUCAAAAUUAUAAUCAAUUAAAAAUCUUAUCUGUAUAUAUUAUUGAUAAAAAUCAUGUACAAACAUAUGGUUCAUCAGAAGUUGAAUUAAGUAAAAUUAUUGAAUAUUUAAAAAUAAAUCAUAUUAUUAAAAAUUAUGAUGUUCAACGUCAUCGAGAAUGUGCACUUUUUUUAAAAAUAUAA